AAAAAUUAUUAAUACUGAUCCAGCUAAGUUAAUUAGCGUUAUUAGCUAAAUUAAGAAAACAUUAAUAAAAAAAAACAUAAUGGUAGUUUCGUAAUAAAGGGAAAGACUGAGGGUAAGUUGGAAAGCUUCCCGUUUGAUGUGGGGAGCGGCCGGUCACUGGGUCUACCUCUGGUUUCAAAUCGCUCUCUCCGCAAUUCCAUACGCUCCACGCGAAACUUUCAAAGAACACACUAGCACAUACAGGGACACAGAGUCGCAAAGAGAAAGAAUAGCCCUCAAAGACCCUGAGAAAUUGUUGAGAAUUCUGUGGUGUGAUAGAGGGAAAUUUUGUAGAAACUUGUGGAGAAAGGUUGGAGAAGAAGAAGAAGAAGAAGAAGAAGAAGGAGGAGAAGAAGGAGAGGAAGAAGGAGAAGAAGAAGAAAAGUGUGGAGAGAGAUCGUUUGAGAUAUUGUGGCCUGUUUGUUGGUUUCUUCGUUUGUUGGAUUGGUUGCAUAUGUAAAUGUAAAUGCAUCAGAAGAAAUCCGAAGUUCAGAUCGGAAAAGAAAGCACCGGCGUCUCUUCCGAUUUCAACCCGACCCCUCCUCUGCUCUUCGCUCCUUCUUUAAUCCACCAAAAGCACCAAACCCAUCAAUCCAACCACCAGUAUCAAUACCAGUACCAAUCGACCCACCACCAACAACAACCCUCCUCUCUCUCUUCCCUGUCUCAAUCCAGCGUCGCCCGAACGCCAACCCUGAAUGACCCAAUCGCCCUUCUCCCUACCCCUCACAAGAGACCCCUCCUGACCCACAACCCCAAGUCCUCUUCUGCCCUCUCCAAGACGCCCACUCUCUCCUCUCUCCAUCACUACGCCUUCUCUAAACCCCUGCCUUUGGAUUCUCAUUCCCUGUCUCUGUUCUCGGUGUCUCCGGCAACAAAAGCCGCCGCCUUGCGAGCCAUUCGUCGCAUCCGCCGCUUUCGUGUUCAUCUUCGUCUCCUUCUCCUCUUGUCGCUUCCCUUCUUUUACUUCUUGGUUUCCCACCCUAGCCAUUCGUUUCUGCUUGAUUUUCUCUCCGCUUUUGCAUUCUCCGCCGCGCUUCUAUUCUCUCUCAAUCUUGCGCUUCCUCGCCUCCCCUCAAUUCGUCUGUUCCUUGCCCGUUCGUUCCCAAUUAAGCUUUUGGCGUCGUCGGAAGUUUCUAGGCCGCCUCUGCCGGUGUUUUGGUCAAUUGGGUCGAGGCCGAGAUCGGAGAAAAGGACAAAUUCGGGGUGUUGGGUUCAGGUUUAUAGCAACGGGGACGUGUACGAGGGAGAAUUUCACCAAGGGAAGUGUUCGGGAAGUGGGGUUUACUACUAUUACAUGAGUGGGAGGUACGAGGGUGAUUGGAUUGAUGGAAAGUAUGAUGGUUAUGGGGUGGAAACAUGGGCAAGAGGGAGUAGAUAUCGUGGGCAUUAUAGGCAAGGCCUUAGACAUGGAUUUGGUGUGUAUAGGUUUUACACAGGAGAUGUUUAUGCCGGCGAAUGGUCGAAUGGGCAGAGUCAUGGAUGUGGAGUUCAUACCUGCGAGGAUGGCAGUCGAUAUGUGGGAGAGUUUAAGUGGGGCGUCAAGCAUGGACUUGGCCAUUAUCAUUUCAGAAAUGGGGACACAUAUGCUGGCGAAUAUUUUGCUGACAAGAUGCAUGGUUUUGGAGUCUAUCGUUUUGCAAAUGGACAUCAAUUUGAGGGAGCCUGGCAUGAGGGUAAGAGACAGGGUCUUGGAAUGUAUACAUUCAGAAACGGGGAAACCCAGUCUGGGCACUGGCAAAAUGGGAUUCUAGAUGUCCCAAGCACACAAAACGCCUCCUAUCCUGUGUCUCCAGUUGCCGUUUAUCAUUCCAAAGUACUUAAUGCUGUCCAGGAAGCGCGCCGGGCAAUGGAGAAAGCAUAUGAUGUCGCCAAGGUGGAUGAAAGAGUGAACAGGGCGGUGGCUGCAGCAAACAGGGCAGCCAAUGCAGCAAGAGUUGCAGCAGUAAAGGCUGUCCAAAAACAAUUGCAUCAUACCAGUAACAAUGAUAUCCCAAUUCCUGUUGUAUAAGAAUUUACUGCUGGCUCUUGAAUUGGUACAAACGUCAGGCUGAUACUCGCACAUGAAAAAGCGGCAGGAAGAUGUUGGUGUGGUGUUUUAUUGAGUUGCUGUGCAUUGCAUUGUGGCCUUUUGCAUUGCUUGCUUCUUUGCUGGUCGAGAGAAUGUGAUGCAGAGUUGCCUGCUGGAUACCUGUGGCUGGGAUGAAAUGAUUACUGAAUUGAGAAGCUGAUUGUUUUUCUCUUCUUUUUCUUUUUCCCCCAUUUUGACCUCAUAUGAGAGAGAGAGAGAGAGAGAGAGGUGGGAAUAGCAGUUGCGGCAAUAGCUUCAUCAUCAUCAACAACUGUUUUUCUUAUUUUGGUUCGUCUUAUCCUUUGGUUUAUCCCUGUAAAGAUUAGGUAGGUAUUUGUAAUAUAUGAGCUGGUUUCUUGGUGAUGAGCCAAAGCCAAGCCGGUGUUGAAUGUGAAUGAAAGGCUAUUAUGAAAAUAAUAAAAUAGUAAAUAACAAGUUCACAAGCGCAAA